CAGGCGCGGCCAGGGGCGGGGCUCGCUGCAGUUGCCGGUAGGGCCGCGCCGCUCUAUGUCGGCCCUCGCCGGCUUCCGUCGGCUGCCGGUGCGGGGCGGCGGAGGGGCCAUGCCCCGAAAGGGGAAAGGAGCCGGGAAGGGGCCCGCGGGACCGGGCGCCGCCGCGGGGCCGGUGUCGGCGGCAGGUGACGGCUGCUUGAGGGUGGCGGUUCGCGCCAAGCCCGGCGCCAGGAGCAGCGCCGUCACAGAUGUGACGGCAGAGGCAGUAGGUGUAGCUAUUGCUGCACCUCCAUCAGAUGGGGAGGCCAAUGCAGAGCUGUGUCGUUACCUCUCUAAGGUGCUAGAAGUGAAGAAGAGUGAAGUUACGUUAGAGAAGGGUGGUAAAUCACGUGAAAAAGUGGUGAAGAUCAUGGUAUCGAUGACACCAGAUGAGGUUUUAGAAAAACUGAAAAAAGAAGCUUCCAGUUGACCUAAAACAAAAGUGGGAAAUGGGAAAAAGCAUCUUGGUAAAUGGACUGACACUAUUUCUUACGUAAAUCUUGUCUUGUUGAGAAUGUGGGUAAUGACUAGGGAGGGACGCUUCUUCCUCCCGCCCCCCUAAUAUAGCUGCUGUACAGUUGAAGGUUUUGUGUGGGUUUGGUUAGCAAAACUUGUCUUUACUGAGGCUCUGUAUCUGCUUCUGUUGCUACAGUCUUUUUUUUCCCUCUGGAGAGUUUCCUGUUGGUAAGAUUUGUCUUCUUUCUGGUCCCUAAGCAAAUGGUUUAGAAAAGUUGUUUCUUAGUGAAGCAAACUUGGUUAACACAGUGAAAGGCUUGGACUGACAAGCUUCAUGAGUUUUCAUGAGGAUGAGUCUGAUGCUAAAGACCCUAGAAGAACGUUCUCUUCAGUACCCAGCAGCAAGUACUGGGUGCAGUUUUGCACUACGUGCAUGCGCAUACAUCUAAAACAAAUGUGUUUGAAGCCAACAGGCUACUGUUGAUCGCACAGGUAAGCUAAAAGCAGAAUCACCUGAACAACUGAAACCGAACCUGAAGUUUGCGGUAUGAAAAACUGAUGCAGAACUGCACACAGGAGGUCACUUCAGAAUAGUCUGUAAUUAGUUUCCUGAAAAGUAGAGAUAUACAAUCAUGUAUCUUUGCCAAAUAUAUGUCAAGUGUAAUGACUUUUUAAUAAAAGGAACAAAAAAUAUUAUCAAA